GAAACCAUUCUUAGUUUAAUUUUGAAUGAAAUAGUCUAACAAUGAGAUGAUUUAUCCAUGAAUAAUUUCUAACAUGUAUACAUAAUACACACUCAUGAACGUGUAGAUUCAUAUGGUUCAACCAUUUAGGGGUUUCCGUUAAGGACCAUGUUUAAGUGUGUGUUUGUUAAUGCGGUGCACCGUUAACGGCCUAAAUGGUCUGAACGUGGUGGUUGUCGACGAAUGAAUAGGCGUGUCUUGUAGCUGGAGAUGCUUCCACCCAUGUUUUCAGCAUAAAAUGCUUGAUCUUCUUUAGACUUCUCUUCGAAUUUAAGUGAUCUUUUUGUGGUGGUUUAGUUGCGUCAGUCUAUGACAAAGGAGAAACGAUUAAAUUGCUUUCUCUUGAUGGUGUUCGAGUCAACCGCGUUGGAACUUCACUUAAUAUACAGGGGACUUCGUUUCAUAUCCCUAUCAUCAUCUACACAUUCCUUUUGUUUAUAGGAACACUACUGGUCACAUGGCUGUUCUGUAUGUUUUAUCAUGGAUGGGCUUAGGGUGGAUGUCAUCUUCUAUGCUAUCUUGUAAAACUAUUGGCUCCUCGUCUCAUCUUGUUCUCAGCUUCAAGCAGGGUGGAGUGGAUUUGGGUCCCAGAGCCCUGUCCCUGCAAGAGUUGCAGGCCUGCUGUAUAAAAUCCAUGCACCACUGGCAGAUUAUUGACCUCGUUAUCAGUCAAAAUCUCUUGCCUCGCUUAUUUCAAUUAGUAUCUAAACUUUCUUCUUUCAUAUGUCACAUCAUGUGGAUGUCAGGCACAUGAAAAAAUUCCAGACCCAAGGGGGAGGUGGCUUUUUAUGUUGGCUUCUUACGUUAUCUGCUAACAAUGUUCAGUACAGGUUUUACAUUUCACCGGUACUUCCCGCUUCUUAUAUACAAUAUGGCCUAAGACGGGUAGUAAACAUGAAAUUAUGUGAAACCAAUAAUCGAGAAUGUGAAAAUUUACAAGUAAUGGCUGUGAGAUUGAGAACUGAGUGGUCUAAACUUAAAGCUGAGAUGGAAAAUCUUCUUAAGAAAUGUGAAAGAGUUAAAGAUGAAAACAAAUCCAUUAUGGAGGCGCUAACCAAGAUAUAUGGGCGAGACGCAAUCUCAGAUCUUAUAGCCAUGGAAUCCGAUGCUGAAACUGAAAGCGAUGACGAGGAAACCACUUUAAGUGAACAGAACCAAACUGCUGACUCUCGUAUGUUACUUGAAGUCAGGAGAUAAUUGUUUCUGUUGAGGCAAAUCAGAUCUUUGCUGAAGAUUCAGGCAUUCAGAAUAAAUUCUGUAGAUUUGAAACUUAAUCCACUCAAUUUGCUUUAAAUUUACUAUUUUGUGGGUUAUAUGGCUGUAAGAAUAGAUACAACAUGUACUGAAGCUUGUCUCAAGAAGAUUUGAGGAUGGGAUUGGAUAUAAGGUUAUGGUUUUUAUUACUUAUAUACUAAAAUGUGUGGGAUUUUCACUGUA